AGAUGGAUCCACCAAGUGAUAAAGUAUUAUCUGCAAUAAUAAAAUCUGUAGCAACAUUAUUGUCUGCAGGAAUUGCUUGCUAUGUUACUUUAAAAGUUGUUACACUUCUUGACCCUAAUCAUGAAAGAAAAAAGGAAGCAAAAAAGAGAAUGGAAGAAUUAAAGUCUUUUUUGAAGCUUAAACCUAGAGAAGAAUUAAAUGAACAUGAAUUACGUUUGGCAACUCAAAUAGUUUUGCCAGAAUCUGGUGUUGAUAUGGAAGAUAUUGGUGGCUGUGCAGAUUUAUUGGCACAAAUUGAAGAUGAUGUUAUAUUUCCAUUAUUAAUUCAAGCUUCUAAUAUAACUAUUCCUUCGGCUUAUUAUGGCCCUCCUAAAGGAAUUUUACUUCAUGGACCUCCUGGUUGUGGAAAGACGUUUAUUGCUAGGGCAAUUGCUAAAAAAGCAAAGGCUAAUUUUCUCAAUUUUGACAUUUCUAUUUUAAAUGAUAUGUGGUAUGGUGAAACGUCAAAACUUACAAAGGCUCUAUUCACUUUGUGUCAAAAAAUUCAGCCUUGCAUUGUUUUUAUUGAUGAGAUUGAUUCUGUUCUUCGUUUCCGUUCAAGAAAUGACCACGAAGCUACAGCGGUUAUGAAAACACAAUUUAUGGCCUUAUGGGAUGGAUUUGCUCAAUCUGUUAAUUCUGUUAUUAUAAUUGGUGCAACUAAUCGGCCAGAAGAUUUGGAUUCUGCCGUUUUGAGACGUUUACCUUUUAGAUUAAAUGUUCCAAAGCCAGAUGUAAUUAAACGUGAAGAAAUUCUUAAAGUAUUACUUAAAAAUGAGAAUGUAACGGAUGAUUUUGAUUAUAAAAAAGUGGCAACAUCAACAGAUGGAAUGAGUGGUUCUGACUUGAAAGAAAUUGUAAGACAUGCUUGUUUGGCAAAAUAUAGAGAUGUUGCUAAAAAUUUAGUUGAGAGAACAGAUGGUCAAUUGGUCAAUAAUAUAAAUAUUUCUCAUGAUGAUAUAAUUUUAUCUGCUCAACAAUUUGUUGAAAAUGGAAAGAAUUUGAAACGUGAUUUUUGCGAUGAAUUGAAUCUUGAUUGA